GCCUAACAGAAAUAUGAAGUCGUGGUUUCUCUCAUUGACUGUAACGUUGGUCUGCAUCUAUGGGACAUUUGGAUGUAGCUGCUUUCCAGGGGAUCCCCAAGAUUUAUACUGUAAAUCCACAGUCGCCAUCAUUGCUAAAGUAACAAACAUGGCCUAUGGUGAAGGGAUCCCUGGUAUUACAGCGGAACAGUUCUACGAUGUGGAGGUAUCGCAUGUCUAUAAAGGGGACGUUGCUGAGGGUACCUUUAGGGUUUAUUCUGAGGGACCCGAAAGUGCAUGUGGUGCUGACCUGGACGUAAACAAGGUCUACCUGUUAAACGGCAAUUUAUCUGGAGGGGCUCUGCUGCUCCGGUAUUGUGAUCUGGUGAGCAAGUUGCCUCUGAAUUUCCCCGACUGGGUGUUUCCCUUAGAAACCUACUAUGACUGUAGAUGUAAGGUGCCUCGGUAUUAUUCCGGUGAGGGGAAACCUAAUAACAGCUGUGUUUACAGCGAGAGGUUCCGCUGCCUCCCGGGGUCCGGCGCCCUGGGGGACCUGGCCGAGUGUCGAUACAGUGACCAGGUGGAUGACUGCGAGUGGCAGUGCUAGAGCCUCGUCGGCCUGUUGGUUUUCAUUGGUCAGCCUGUGGGGUCUCAUUGGUCGAUCUGUGGGGUCUCAUUGGUCGGCCUGUGGGGUUUCAGAUCAUUUCAUUCCUAAAGUGUUCAAGACAUGUACAUAUACGUCUGAAAUGACAAUGGUAAUAAACUGAAAAUGGCAUUAUG